AUGGCCACUUAUGUCCCCAAACGCUCUCGCGACGACGUGUACCGCUUCUUUUUCACAGAGGGCGUCAUUUCCUGCAAGAAGGAUCCUCUCGGAACGUGGACGGGCUCUCUUGGCGGAAAGACCUUCACGGUGCCCAGCAUUCAGGUGAUGCAGCUCAUGCGCUCCAUGAAGAGCCGGGGACUCAUCAAGGAGCAAUUCGCCUGGCGCCAUUUCUACUGGUUUCUCAACGACGAGGGUGUGGAAUAUCUCCGCAAGUACCUCUUCCUUCCCCACGACGCUGUGCCCAACACCCACAAGGCUGAAUACAAGGUUCUCGAGCGCGAGGGCGGACGCGGCCGGGGACGUGGUGAGGGCCGUGGAAGGGGACGUGGUGAGGGUCGCGGUCGUGGACGCGGCGAGGGCCGUGGCCGUGGCCGUGGUUUCCACAGCGAGCGUGACGCCUACCGCACGGGUGCCGCCGCCGCUCCUGCCGUUGAGGCCCAGUGA